ACCCAGGGAGGGGGCUCCGGGCCGGGUGAGCCAGCGCAAAGAGCGGCGGGGCGUGGGAGAGCUCCCUGACCUUGGAGGGGCGGUGCAGGGCCUGGGGUGGCGGGAGACUCCUUGGGUCAGUGCAUGGCUGCUGGGGAUGAGAGGGAGCGCUGCCCAGUGCCGAAAGGCUUGUCUUUUACUUUGACCCACGAGGCACUCACAGAGUCUUGUCGUCAUGGUUCGGUUCAGAGGGAGCUCUGUGGGUCAAGGCUGCCUGCCGCUGAAGGGUCCUUCCGCGCAGGUCCGAGGAGAUCUUAGGAAGGGCCACAGCUCUGUGGCAGAGUCUGUGCAUGGUGCGCUCAAUGCCCUCAGGUCCAUGAGCCCAGGCCCGAGUACAGUGUUGGAGAGCGACCAGCAUCCUCCAGCCUUUUCAGAUGUGGGAACCACCAUUAGCUCCAGCUGGCAACAUGGGACCACUUUUAAUCUUUGUUUUGGUGGCUUGACUUCCCUUGUGCCCCGGGUUGCCCGUCCCUAGGGUGAUCAAAUACAGCCUCAGAGUUGCGACAUGGAGCCCCGGCAGCCGGUGCCUUUGCUGCCCGAGCAGAGUUUUGCCAGAGAUGCCAAGCAGAAUGCAGCGGAACUCUCUCUGUGGACGGUGGUGGCCGCCAUCCAAGCUGUGGAGCGGAAAGUGGAUUCUCACGCCAUGAGGCUGCUGAACCUGGAGCGGAGGAUGGUGACCAACGAGAAGAAAUAUGUGGACUGUGAGAAUGCUGUGGUGGAUUUUGGCAACCAAAUGGAGUGCAAGCUGAAUGCUCUGGGCACCCUGAUCCAGGAAUAUGGAUUGCUGCAGAGGAGGUUGGAAAACAUGGAGAACCUGCUGAAGAAUCAGAACUUUUGGAUCCUGAGGCUCCCACCAGGCUCCAAGGGAGAAACCCCCAAGGUGCCUGUGACCUUUGAGGACAACACGGUCUAUUUCUCGGAGCAGGAGUGGGGGAACCUGGACGAGUGGCAGAAGGAGCUCUACAAAAACGUGAUGAAGAGCAACUACGAGUCGUUGGUCUCUCUGGACUAUGCCAUUGCUAAACCUGACCUCCUGUCCCGGAUUGAGCAAGGAGAGCAUCCCUGUGAACAAGAGGAAGAGGAGGUCUCCAAAGAGAGGGAGAUUUCUGAAGAACCCAGCCCAGAAGCACUGGUUUUUAGGCCUGGCCUGGCCUGUCAGAUUGGGGGAGAAAAUGUGCAUGCUAGCAACCAGGAGAAAGCUGAAGGAAGGGCAGCCCCAAGUGAUUCUAGUGUUGACUAUGGGAUUGCUGAGUCUUCCUUUGGCUCCCAAGCAAAGCGGGAUCGAGAGCUGAACCUUGAAGGUCCAGGGAUCUCUGAGGAAGAUGGGCUGCAUGCCAAGCCAAGUACGGCCGUCCCAACGGAUAAGAAGUUUCUGACCAAAACAGAGCGAGGAAAGGAUUGUGAAAGCCUUGAGCCGUGGAUGCCAUCCGAAGCGCCUAGGGAAAGCGUCCUCCGAGAUGAAGGUUCCCUGUGCUCAGAGGUGUGGCUGGCAAACCCUAAAGGAGAGCCUCAAGAUCUCAGACCUGCUGAGCAGCAGCAGCAGCAGCAGCAUCGGGCAACAGGGCCUUUUGCAUGUCCAGAUUGUGGCAAGAGCUUUGGGUUCCAAAUCGGCCUCCGAGACCACCAGAAGAGCCACAACAGCCUUGCACCUCCAAGGUGUUACCCAUCCUCUCCCCAGAGGAGUGAGAACCGCCUCAUGCACACACUCAGUGGCCAAGAAGAGGAAAUGAAAGGGAGGCCCCCCCUUGCGCCAGUGGGAGAGGGUGACUGGGCUUGCCCAUGGUGCCAGCAGCGCUUCCGGCUGCAGGUCAACCUGCUGAUCCACCAAAACAGCCACCUGGAGGCUGCGGCAGAGUUGAGUGGCAGAGAGAGGCUAGCCUGCCGCUUCUGCAACCGCUGCUAUGACCGCUCCGACCACCUGCUGCGCCACCAGAUGACCCAUACAGGGGCCAGGCCCUACCAGUGCCCUGCCUGCGAGAAGAGCUUUGUGGACAAGAGCAAGCUGACGAACCACUACCGCACCCAUACAGGCGAGCGUCCAUUCCGCUGCACCGCCUGCGGCAAGGAUUUCAUCCGCCGGCACCAUCUUGUCAAGCACCAACGGACCCACACACGCGAGAGGCCCCACCAGUGCCCCGUCUGCCUGAAGGGCUUCAUGCAGAAGCACCACCUUCAGAAGCAUAUCCGCACCCACACAGGCGAGAAGCCCUACAAGUGCAGCCGCUGCCCGAAGGCCUUCUCCAGCAGACAGCGCCUCCUGGAGCACUGCUGUGCGUCUGCACAUGGAGGAGCACCAGAGGGUGUGGGUGGAGGCUUGGCCCUCUGAGGGGGAGAGAGCCCCCUCCUCUUCAGUGCAGAUCUACCUCCUCGUGAGUCUGAUCUACUGCCUCUAAGGUGCGGUAUAUGCUUGCAGCAGAAUGAGAUGGUGGAACAGACUUCUUCCAAAAUGUUUGGAAUAUCAAGGAAUUCUCUGUCAAAUUCCAUUAAUCUAGGGGUAAAUAGUUUGGAAGCAUUAUCUUUUCUUGUUUAGGAGAUGUUGUGUAAAGCUUUUUUUAAAAUUUCAAAAUGUUUCAACUGGUUUAAUAAGAGCCAUGUUGUUUCCCUUUC